AUGCGCAUCGAUUUAUUGACGGAUGUGUCAAAUGAAAGGACAAUACAUUUCGCAUUAAGGAUGGAUGUCGAACUGACCGGGACGUGUCCUGUUGGAAAUAGAUCGCCUGGGAUGACCUGCAUGAACGGAGCGCUGGCCGAAGAGGCAGGGAGGUCGGAUGCUACAAGUGGCGAAGGAAGCGGUUUGCGGGACCAUUCUCUUAGAGAGAGGCGGGAGCAUGAACAGAUAACACAGACUCGACAUCCGAGUGGCCCGUUCACCUGUCCCGCUCCGACAAAAGAUCUGUCACCGCGCCUCCUCUUCUCUCUGGUCGCUCCUAAUUAG